UCCUUCCUUGGAUGCAACGAAGUACGCAAUCGACCCCAGGUUGCAACAGAUUAUGGCUACAAAACUUUGUCUUUUCUCUUUCCUUUCUACUCAAUCCACAACAGACGACAAGAAGGCCAGAGGAUCUUGUCUGGCCAUAUAUCGCCUCCCCGACACCCCAUGUCAACUUCGGGAGAGAAGACGCUCCCAGCAAUGCUGGUGAUGUCUACCAAACACUUGGUUUGUCUCCUGGCCUUGGACCUCUUCUUUUUUUUGUUCUCUUUCUCAUUCUUCCUGGCCUGGCACCUCGCCAGACCAAAACCACUAAAAUCUGUGGCACUGGUGAUUUCCUUGGUCUCCUCUGUUUGGUCAUUCCUUCGUUGGCAAGAGGUCUUUAGUGACCUUUCCUAAGAUGCGGUCACCAAAGGUUCCCGCAGCCAGCAAUGGUCGCCCCUACGAAGGACAUUCGGCGGGAGUCGAGCGAUGGAUGCGAGGGUGUAACGAUGGCGUUGUCCUCGUAGAGGCCGGGAAACACCUGAUGCUGCUUAAAUUUCGUGUCCUUGGUCGUUUGUCUACAGUUGUACUUGGAGCAUUAGAUUCAGUCAUUUGGAUUGUUGAGCUCGAGAGUUUGAGAAGACUAAGCUGCUAGGGGCCAUGCAUUUUUCGAUCGGUCUUUCGGAGGCCUAUGGGAGACGAGAUCUAGACGAGGCAGGCAGAACAUGGUUAGGCGUUGGCUGAGCAUAAGGAUCGAGUGAGCGCGGGGAGAUGAGGGCGAAGCUAGUUAUAUAUGGGAGAUGUUGCAUAUUGGGAAUCUGUGAAGGUGAACUUUUGUAUA